AUGCGAUCCCUAAAUAUCACCCCGGAGCAAUUCGCGCAGCUUUUGCGCGAUAACAACGUAACCCGCGAGCAGUUCAUCGCGCUCUAUGGACUACAGCCGCUGGUCUACAUCCCGGAGCUCUCCGAGCGCACCAAGCUGGCCUUCCUGCUCACUUGCGUGGCCAUCUUCGGCCUGGCGCUUUUCGGGAACUGCCUGGUGCUCUACGUGGUGGCCCGCCGCAAAGCCAUGCGCACCGUCACCAACAUCUUCAUCUGCUCGCUAGCCCUCAGCGACCUGCUCAUUGCUUUCUUCUGCGUCCCUUUCUCUUUGCUGCAGAAUAUCUCCGAUAACUGGCUGGGAGGUGCUUUUGCCUGCAAGAUGGUGCCAUUUGUGCAAUCCACUGCGAUAGUUACUGAGAUACUUACAAUGACUUGCAUUGCUGUAGAAAGGCAUAAUGGCAUUGUUCACCCUCUAAAAAUGAAAUGGCAGUAUACCAACAGAAGAGCAUAUACAAUGUUGGGCAUUGUUUGGCUGUUGGCUGCUGUUGUUGGUUCACCCAUGUGGCAUGUACAAAGAGUGGAGAAUAAAUAUGACUUCCUUUAUGAAAAGGAAUAUGUUUGCUGCUUAGAAGAAUGGCCAAGUCCUGUCCACCAAAAGAUAUAUGCCACUUUCAUUUUGGUUAUUCUUUUUCUUCUCCCACUGAUGCUGAUGCUGUUGCUGUAUAGCAAGAUUGGUUAUGAGCUCUGGAUUAAGAAAAGAGUUGGAGAUGCUUCUGUUCUCCAGAGCAUUCAUGAAAAUGAGAUGUCUAAAAUUUCUCGAAAAAAGAAGCGAGCAAUCAUGAUGAUGGUGACUGUUGUGGUUUUGUUUGCUAUUUGCUGGACACCUUUCCAUGUAAUGCACAUGCUGAUAGAAUACAGUAAUUUUGAAAGAGAAUAUGAUGAUGUCACUAUUAAGAUGAUGUUUGGAAUAGUUCAGGUAAUUGGAUUUGCUAAUUCCAUUUGCAAUCCAAUUGUAUAUGCCUUUAUGAAUGAGAACUUCAAGAAGAACUUCCUUUCUACAAUUUGCUUUUGCAUUAUAAAAGAAAACUUGUCUCCAUUCAGGAAACACAAAAACCUGAAAAUCACAAUGAUGCAGCAUGAAGAAGGGGCCUGUAGAAGAGAACUGGUCUCCUUGGAAGAGUCUAGAAAAGAAGCAUUCAGUGAAGGGAACAUUGAAGUAAAAUUCUGUGAUCAACCUUUUCCCAAAAAGACCUCCAGAAAACACCUUGCUUUGUUCACAUCAGAAUUCACUGGGCACACUUCACUGGGAUGCUAGCAAAAUGGAUCUUUGUGUUCCACCAUUUGACAAUAGUUCUUCAAGCUUCAUUGUUAAAAAGUUUUGCUUAAUAUACAUAACAGAAAGAUGUUUUGUGUUUGUCUCAGCUGGAGUUGUCCAGCUCAGGCUGCUAAACUGGGUUUAGAUAUGGUCAUCACCACAUUAGGCAAUGAACACACAAUGAUUGAUUUUCAUUGCUUGGGAUUGUGUUUUCUUUCUCGGUUUGUUUAAAAAAAGAUUCACAUGACUUUCUCUUCUGUUUUAUUGUGUGUUUCUAAUCCAAGGAAAAAAAAACCCUCCUUACUCUGCCAGAUGAACUGUAUUUGGACUAUAUGUUGCCUUGCUGCCAAUCAGUGUAUAUAAUAGCAAUAAAUCCCAAACAAAGCUGUGAUCAUGGAUGCCAUGAA